UCUAAUCAAGAAAAAAUAAUUAGGGUUACCGAUUUCACACACCUUUCCUAAAAUCUCAUCAUCAUGUCUUCAAGUUCAACCAACAAGAAGAUCACUCUCAAGAGUUCCGACGGCCAAUCCUUUGAGGUCGAUGAAGCAGUUGCACGGGAAUCACAAACAAUUAAGCACGUGCUCGAUGAUCGUGCUGACGACAAGGAAAUCCCUAUUCCAGAAGUCAACAGCAAGAUUUUGGCAAAAGUUAUUGAAUACUGUAAGAAGCAUGUUGAGGCAGCCACCGCGAGUUCCGAUGAAAAACAUAAUGCUGAGAAUAAUCUUAUGGUUUGGGACAGUGAAUUCAUCAAUGUUGAUAAGUUUACGGUUUUUGAGCUGAUUCGUGCUUCAAAUUACUUGGAUAUCAAAAACUUGUCUGAUCUUUCAUGCUCGACUGUUGCGGAUAUGUUAAGAGGGAAGUCGACUGAGGAAAUUCGUGAGAUGUUUGACAUUAAGAAUGAUUUCCUUCCGGAGGAAGAGGCACAACUUAGAAGGGAAAAUGUAUGGGCAUUUGAAUGAUACUACUGUUAAAUCUAAAGUGAAAUAUUGCCAUGAAUAUUUUCACCUAGUUUUUUUUUUUUUUCCUUUCUAUUUUUAAGUGAUUUUCUAAUUUUGGAUU